GCUCCAACCCGGCUUUCGGCCGUGAUCCCGGCCCUCCCCCUCCCCGCACUCCUCGUCCCGGCGCCUUCCCUCCCGGCUCUGUUCCAAACCCAGCUGCUGUCCCGCGAGUCAUUCCCGGAAUGCCGGCUCCCGCUCCCGCUUAUGGCUUCGCUCAACAGCCCGCCGCACCUGCGACUUCCCCUUACUACUACGCCCAGGCCCCGGCGCCGGCUGCUCCUGCUGCUCCCACCUGGGGCAGCGCCAUGGCCGCUACCCCCAGUCUCUUCCCUCAACCUUACCAGUACAUCUCCGGCCUAGGCGGUAGCGGCCGCACUCCCCAGCCCUACCCCGUCAUCAACCCCAACAUGCCGGCGGCCAACAUGAUGAACAGCACCGGCGGCGUCGGCUGCGAACCCGGCUACAACUAUUUCUUCCCGCCCGAGCACACGAAGAUCCACGUUUUCAAGUGUGGCGCCACGCCACCCUGGCAUCAGCCGCCCAACGCCCGCUUGCCGUUUCACGCCUGUCAUGUUCCCGUCUCGACCACCGUCCAGGAACUCAUGUAUGGGUUUGGCGCGACUAAUCCGAGCAAGAAGAAGAACAAGCUGUUUGAGGUGGUGCAGGGUGGUAAUGGACGCUGGUAUCGUGGUUUGGCGUUCAGGGGCGAUGAUAAGGAGUUGUUGCAGAAGACUUGCAAAGAUUUGGGAUGGGAUAAGAGCAGAAGUGGCUUGCCAGGACAGAAGCCGGUGGUUUAUCUUUACGUUACCAAGGACUGAUGGGGGGUUUUGGGAUGAGAUGGGGAGGUAGCGGCAUGGAAGUUGCCAGGAGCGUUGUGGCUUGUUUAAGGAAGAUGAGAGGGAUGAUGGGCUUUCUUACGCGCCGGUGGCGGAUGGUUGUGCGCUCAUGAUAUGGAAGGUUUCAUUUCUGCUUGUCAGUGCCUGCUACUUUUCAUCUUAGUUACGUUUCGUUUUCCGCAAGUUCAAGGUUUUUCAUAGCUUAUCAUUCAGUGGGACUCAAUACGCAUGACAGUUAGCACCUACUACUCAUUCCUCUUCAG